AAAAAUGUCAGGAGAAGGGCAGGAGGCAGGGCCAGUUGCCCAGACCAGGAUAAAAGGCCUCCACGGAGUGACAGGGAGGCAAGACACCACCGCCACGUCCUCCACACACAGAGGUACAUCCAUGUCUCCAAAGGUCUUGGUCUCUGUGUAAGGUCCUCUCUGUCCCUCAAACUCUGGGUUUCUUGCAGCCUGCUUCUCUCUCACUUCUUCUCUGCAUUUGCCAGAACCCAACCCCCAGCCCCCAGAAUGUUCUUCCUGCUGACAGCAUUCCAGAUCGUGGCUCUAGCCAUGGCACAGAGCCAAAGGGAUGAGAACAAGAUAAUUGGUGGUUACACAUGCGUCCAGAACUCCCAGCCAUGGCAGGCAGCGCUACUGGCAGGUCCCUUUCGUCGCUUCCUCUGUGGAGGGGCCCUCCUGUCAGGCAAGUGGGCCAUCACUGCUGCUCACUGUGCACGCCCGAUCCUUCACGUAGCCCUGGGCAAGCAUAACCUGAAGAACUGGGAGGCCACCCAGCAGGUGCUACGUGUGGUUCGUCAGGUGCCACACCCCCAAUACAACUCCCGGACUCACAAUAACGACCUGAUGCUGCUGCAGCUGGAGCGGCCCGUUCGGCUGGGGAGGGCAGUGAGGCCCAUCACCAUAACCAGCUCCUGCGCAAGCCCAGGAACCCCCUGCCAUGUGUCAGGCUGGGGCACCACAUCUAGCCCCAUUGGUGAGUACUCCCACAUCCUGGGAAGGAAGGGCUGGGGGGCCUGGACUCCUUGGUCUGAGGGAGGAGGAGGUCAGUCCCCAGACUCCUGGUCCUGCUGGAAGGUAGAACCCUCACUUGUAACCUUUCUGUGCCCCCCAGUCAGUUACCCCAACUCCCUGCAGUGUGUGAACAUCAACAUCUCCUCGGAUCAGGAGUGUCGGCGGGCUUAUUCCCAAGCCAUCACUGCUGGCAUGGUCUGUGCAGGUGUCCCCCAAGGUGGGAAGGACUCCUGUCAGGGUGAUUCAGGGGGACCCCUGGUGUGCAAAGGACAGCUCCAGGGCCUUGUGUCCUGGGGGAUGGAACGUUGCGCCCUUCCCGGCUAUCCUGGAGUCUACACCAACCUGUGCAAGUACCAAACUUGGAUCCGGAAAACCAUACGGGGCAAAUGAUUGCUGGUGUAACUGAACACCAGCGCAUCUGCUUCCCCAGAUAUUGCUCUCUCUACGCCAAGACGCCGGGGUCCCAGCCCCCAGCCCCCUCCUCCCUCAGACCCAGAGUCCCAGCCCCCUUCUCUCAGACCCGGGGUCCUAGUCCCCAGCCCCUCCUCCCUCAGACCCAAGAGUCCUGGCCCCCAGCCUCUUGAUCUGGACUCCUGACCCAGAACUCUCCUUUCCAGAGACGUUCCUUCAGGAUUUCUCUCCACACCCCCACAAUAUCAUUAUUCAAGGACCCUUAGGUACAGAUAUAGGAACACGAAAGCACAAAACUUGCACCAUACCCCAAAGAAGACAUUUUUCAAAACUCUUAGUGUCUCUAAAAACCAGAUAAACA